CAGAUCUUGACGCAGGGAUUCUUUCGAAGGAGCAUGAGCAGCCGGUCGAGCCCCGUGCUGCAGCAGCGGUCGAGCGUCGUGGACAUGGCGGCGCUGCCGAUGGCCAAGCUCUUUGGCGAGCGCGAGGUCAUGGCCGAGAUCCGCUGCGACUUUGCGUUCGCGUUUGCGGGCGCAUCGACGAGCAAGCCGCCGGCCAAGGUCCCGGCCAAGGCCGCGGUGCUCACGGCCGAGAAGAAGUCGCGCUUCAAUACCGCGUUCAACCUGCUCAAGGACCAAGUCGUGGCGCGCACCAUGGCCGAGCCGGACGCGACGAGUGCGCCACCCGUUCUCGACGACGACCAGCCGCGCGACCAGACCGAGUACUCGCUGCCCGGUCGCCUCAUGAUGACAACGUACCGCCUCCAGUUUUACUACCACCCGUCCAUGUCCAGCGGCGACGAAGACGCGACCGCGUUCCAAAGCAUCUUGCGGCGCUUCCGCAGCCUCCGGCGCGUGCACGAGUACUGCACGAUCCCGCUCGGCGCCAUCACGCGCGUCGAGAAGGUCGAGAAGGCGAGCAUGAUCAAGAUCACGACCAAGGACCACCGCCGGUUCCACUUGACGUUUCCGGAGAAGGCCGCGGUGCUUCAAAAGGUUCACGAGAUCCUCCUCAUGUACGCGUUUCCGGACGACGUCUCGUACCUCUUUGCCUUUGCCCACCGCCUUCCGAGGGCGACAGUCGACGACGGCGCGUCUCUCGACGAACGCACGCUCGACGACUGCCUCCCGCUCUCGACGGGCUGGGACGUCUAUGACGCCGACACCGAGUACGCCCGGCUCGGUGUCGAUAAGGCCGCGCUUUGGCGCCGCACGUCCAUCAACUCCGGCUACGCGGCCAUCGAGUCGUACCCGGAAACGCUCAUCGUGCCGGCCGCCAUCUCGGACGACGU